AGGAAGCCGUGCCGUCAGAGGCAGCGCUCUCACCGCACUCGGGUCAUUUCUCUCAAACACGGUGAACAUGGUGUCUCUCUAGCGCCGCGUCCCUCCGCCGCCGCCGCCGCCAUGUCCUGCCUGAGCCGUGGGGUCUCUCUCUCCCGCCGGGCGAGCUUCUAGUCCAACAGCCUCUUUCGCUUUACCGCCUCCAGCCGGCGUCUGAUGCAUUUGGAGGAUGGGGAACAUGAUGCGAGGCGCGAAGGCCGGCAACAAGGCCCCCCGCGAGAACCACGACGGCUCCACGAAGGCUUCUGAAGACGACGGCCUUGUGGUGGUGCUCCAGGACUACCCGGCCCCUGAAGUCAGCGAGCCCAUUUACCGAAUGGGAGAGAAGCUCCGGGUCCUCGCACAAGAAGCGUACUGGUGGAGAGUCUGCUCGGUCCAAACAGGAAAGGAGAACUACAUACCCAGCAGCCAUGUGGCAAAGGUGUACCAUGGGUGGCUGUUCGAGGGCGUGGAGAGGCAGAAGGCCGAGGAGCUGCUGCUGCUGCCCGGGAACAGAGCCGGCUCCUUCCUGGUGCGGGAGAGCAGCAGGGAGAGAGGCCUGUACUCGCUGUCGGUGAAGCACCGGAUCAUAAAGCACUAUCGCAUCUUCAGGCUGGACAACAGCUGGUACUACAUCUCCCCCCGCCUCACGUUCCAGUGCCUGGAGGACAUGAUCAACCACUACUCCGAUUCUGCAGACGGCCUGUGCUGCGCGCUAACGUCCCCGUGUCUGUCGGGCCUGACCCCGCAGGCCGACGCCCACCCCAUCGCCCCGCCCGUGCUCAUGAGACACAACUUUGACUGGAAGAAGGUGGACAGGACGCAGCUGGUCAGCACCGACGCCUGCAACGACAACGUGGUGAGCUACGGCGUGCGGAACAGCAUCGCCGCCUACCUGUCCUUCUCCGGCGCUGAGGACCCGGCCCAAGUGAGAGCCCAGAGCAGGAAGAAGAAGAGCAAAUCGUUUUACGCGCUUCCUCAGAACAGCCUCCCCACCAUUGACUACGACGACGAGUUCUAGAGGCUCGGAGGCUGCAGAGGAGCCGCGUGCCUUUACUUUUAGUCUGUGACUGUGCACUUUGCAGUACUUGAACAGCAUCACGCUGUUUUGCUCGACCUCUUAUAUUCAUGGACCUGAGUGGAGCUGAACUGGACAGUGGGUGCAAUACGACUGUGACACACGUCUCCCACAGAACAAGGACGUGAGACCUUCAUUAGGAGCACAGAGAAUGCUGAGUUUUAAUGUUAAUGCAUAUGUAGAGUAUGUAUUUGUGGCUUUCAAACUCUUUUCCAGCGUUAAAUGCUUUACUAACUUAUACUUACAAUAAAUAAGGGAUCAGUGAACAGAACAAAAACAAACCUGCUGCAUUAUCCUGACUUCCCAGCAUGCACUGCUUGAGCGGUUAACAGUCAGAUGGAAACUUGAUCAGUCACGGUUAUUCAGUGUUAACCAUGACAGGUCAGUGUAAAUGGUUCCUCUAACAAACGUUGAAUGGAAAUCUA